AUGGCGCAUGUGUGGCAGGAGCUCAUUGCGGACAAGAAAAAGCGCCAACGAGAUGCUAUACCCAAGGAUUGGCUGAUCGAUAUACCUGACGGCGCCGUCCUCGAUGUGACCGCCGUACCCGAGCGAUGUGGUCUUUUCUCGAAUCGAGAACUAGCUAUCACGAGUACGGUGGACGUCACUACGCUGCUACGCAGGCUCGCUACCGGUGAAUGGUCUUCUCUUGAGGUCACUCAAGCCUUCUACAAGAGAGCAAUCAUUGCCCACCAAGUGGUGAAUUGCCUCACUGAGAUAUUUAUCGAGAAAGCCCUUGCCCGGGCGGCCGAAUUGGAUGCGCAGCUAAAGGCGACUGGCAAGACAGCAGGCCCAUUGCAUGGCCUGCCUGUGUCCCUCAAGGACCAGUUUUCCAUCUCUGGAAUAGAGACCACCAUGGGGUAUGCCUCGUGGAUUGGGCGGCAUGCGAAGCACAAUGCACCAAUGGUGGACAUUUUGUACGAAUGCGGCGCUGUGCCCUUCGUCAAAACCAAUUUGCCCCAAACCCUGUUGUGGAUCGAGACCAACAAUCUCAUAUUCGGAAGAACAGUAAACCCCGCCAAUCGUACACUGACAGCCGGUGGUUCUUCCGGUGGCGAGUGUGCCCUCAUUGCUAUGAGAGGAAGUCCGUUCGGACUGGGCACUGAUCUUGGAGGUUCUGUGCGAAUACCGGCUGCUUUCAACGGUCUCUAUGGCUUCAAGCCCUCGGCCGAUCGUCUUCCUUCUCACGGUGUUAGCUCUUCCCUCGCGGGACUGCACUCUGUGCGUUCCGCCGUUGGUCCAAUUUCUGCCAGCCUAGACGGGAUUAUAACAUUCAUGAGAGCCGCGAUAGGGGGAAAGCCAUGGUUGAAAGAUCCUCUCGUUGUACCGAAGGCCUGGAACGAGGAAGAAUACGCCCUCGUCAAUCAUGGCGCCGGAAAGUCCCUCUGUUUUGCUAUCAUGUGGAACGACGGCGUGAUAGCCCCACAUCCACCGAUUGUCAGAGCUCUGAAGAUGACUAAGGAUGCCUUGCUAGCUGCCGGACAUCGAGUGAUCGACUGGCAACCUCACCAACAUCUGGAAAUUGGGAAUCUGAUCAACAACAUCUGGAGGGCCGGUUCCGGCGAGGAGCUUCGCACUGUGACCUCAACAAGCGGCGAGCCGAUUCUUGCAUCGAUGGGGCUCGAUGAGAACACUGCUGGCACUUCAUUUUUUGCCAGCGGCGAUGGGAUAUCUUCAUACGACUUGUGGCAGCUUAACAAGAAGCUGCUCGACGUGCGCAAGCAGUAUCUUGACUUAUGGCAAAACUCAGCGGAAGCAACAGGUACAGGACGGCCUAUUGAUGCCAUUAUUUGCCCAGCUGCGCCCUGCGCGGCUCCUCCGCAUGGAAUGAAUAGGUACUCGAACUAUACGCGGGUGUGGAAUGCAUUGGACCAUGUCGCCGCUGUGUUCCCGGUCACCAAAGUCAAUCCUAUUGUGGACGUCAAGCAGCCCGAGCACGACUUCAUGAGUCCUUUGGAUAAGAUCUAUUAUGAGAUGUACGAGCCUUCCACUUUCUUGAAUGCGCCGGUUGGACUACAGAUUGUUGGACGUACUCUGGAGGAGGAGGCGGUCGAGGCUUUGAUGUCGUCGGUCGACCUCGGUCAUUUGACAGUGUUCCCUUGGCGGAAGCUAUAG